AUGAGAAUAAGUGUUAAUAAAUCUAACCCCCCUUUAGGAGGCUUAUUUCUUGCUGAAUAUGUAAAAUUAGUUAAAAACGUCCCCUUGGAAAUUUCAUGGGGUUCGGACACAGUUGUCGAAAAUACGAAUUGCAAAAAUAGCAAUGAUGUAGCGAGGACUAUUGCCAGAUCAUUUUAUCCCCAGUUGUAUGGAAAUUCAGCUCUUGAAACUACAGAAGUAGAUAACUGGUUAAUGCUUUCCCUUGGACCACUUAAUUAUAAAAGCGAAAUUACCAGUGUUUUAGAAACAUUAAAUAAGGUUUUAAGUUCAGUUACUUAUUUGGUUGGUAAAAGAAUUACUGCUGCUGAUUUUGCUGUAUUUGGUAGCUUAUAUAGAAAUAAACAAUGGAGUAAUUUAAUCAAAUCUAAAUCAGCACCAGUUAAUGUUGUUCGUUGGUAUGACUUUAUACAUGCACAAGAAGCUGUUAUGAACAUUUUAAAUAACUUACCCCAAGAUGUAGCAGCUACUUUGACACAAGCAGAAAAGCAUCUUAAUCAUGAAAAAAAUAAUAAUGUUGGUAAUAGAAAUCAGGAGGGAAAAUUUGUUGAUUUGCCUUUUGCAGAAAUGGGUAAAGUUGUUGUCAGGUUUCCACCAGAAGCAUCAGGUUAUUUGCAUAUCGGUCACGCCAAAGCUGCUCUACUCAACCAACAUUAUCAGGAAGCGUUUCAGGGGAAACUUAUUUUACGUUUCGACGAUACUAAUCCUGCCAAAGAAAAUGUGCAUUUUGAAAAUGUUAUUCUGGAAGAUGUAGCAAUGUUACAAAUUAAACCCGACAAAUUCACAUAUACCUCAGAUUACUUUGACCUUAUGUUACAGUUAUGUGAAAAAAUGAUGAAAGAAGGAAAUGCCUACGUAGAUGAUACUGAACCAGAGGAAAUGAAAACUCAAAGAGAACAGAAAAUAGAAUCUGUCAACAGGAAUAAUGAUGUUCAGAAGAAUUUUGCUCUGUGGGAAGAAAUGAAAAGAGGUACUGUGAAAGGUCAGAAGUGUUGUGUUCGAGCCAAAAUGUUUAUGGAUUCUCCCAAUGGCUGUUUAAGGGACCCUACCAUUUACAGAUGUAAGAAUGAACUCCAUCCACGAACAGGAAGUAAAUAUAAGGUUUAUCCUACGUACGAUUUUGCGUGUCCGAUUGUCGAUUCCAUAGAAGGAGUAACUCACGUCUUGCGAACAAUGGAAUAUCAUGACAGAGAUCAUCAAUUUUACUGGUUUAUUGAAAAAUUAGGAUUAAGAAAACCACAUAUCUGGGAGUAUAGCAGACUAUCAAUGACAAAUACAGUACUUAGUAAAAGAAAAUUAACGUGGUUUGUCAACGAAGGACUUGUAGACGGAUGGGACGAUCCUAGGAUGCCAACAGUUCGCGGUGUCUUAAGACGAGGUAUGACAGUGCAAGGAUUAAAAGAAUUCAUUAUUGCUCAAGGUUCGAGCAGAUCUGUCGUGUUCAUGGAAUGGGAUAAAAUUUGGGCCUUUAACAAAAAGGUAAUUGAUCCUAUUGCACCAAGAUACACAGCUGUAGAUAUCAAUGAUCCUGUGACAGUUUUAGUAAAAGGAGCCAAGGAAGAACGUUUAUCUGUACCCAAACAUCCUAAAAAUGCUGAAGUUGGUAACAAAUCAAUAUGGUUGGGUCCAAAAAUUCUUAUCGAUAGAUUAGAUGCAGAAGCCUUAAGUGAAGGUGAAAGUACGACAUUUAUUAAUUGGGGAAAUUUAUUAAUCACAAAAAUUAACAGACAAGAUGGGAAAAUCGUUAAUGUGGAAGCACAACCAGAUCUUGAAAACACGAAUUAUAAAAAAACAUUAAAGCUUACUUGGCUGGCAGAAACAGAUAAGGCCCAAUUUACUCCGACUUGGUGUGUUUAUUUUGAUCAUAUUAUUAGUAAACCAGUCUUAGGAAAAGAAGAAGAUUUCAAACAAUUUAUUGGUCAUAAAACAAAGAAAGAAGUUGAAAUGCUCGGUGAUCCAGAACUAAAAAACUUACAAGUAGGAGACAUCAUUCAGCUACAACGACGAGGAUUUUUCCGCGUUGAUGUAGCUUACAAACUGGGAAAUCUACAUACUUACAAAGAACAAGCAGUUAUACUUUUCCAUAUUCCUGAUGGACAUGCUAAAGAAAGCAUUCCCGGACAAGCUGUAGCCAAAUCUAAAACGAUUGUUAAUCCAAAAGCGGAUAAUAAGGUCAUAAAUAUAUCUGCCAUAGAUCUAAAUAAUGAAAUCAUAAAACAAGGAGAUAUUGUUCGCAAAUUAAAGGAGCAAAAAGCAGCGAAAGUUGAUAUUGAAAGGGCUGUAAAAGUAUUAUUGACAUUAAAAGCAGAUUAUAAAGGUGUCGCUAAUACUGAUUGGAAACCUGGUUGUUUACCUCCUACAGUUUCAGUUUCUAAGACUGAUACUAGUGGUGAAGAGAUCGGAGCGAAAAUCACAGCCCAAGGUGAUAAGGUGCGACAGCUAAAGACACAAAAAGCUGAUAAAGCAGUAGUAGACACUGAAGUGAAAGUAUUGUUAUCAUUAAAAUCUGAGUACAAGUCUGCUACUGGGAAAGAUUGGAAUCCAAAUCAGACAUCUUCUAUUUUCAAAAUUAAACAAGAAAGCAUAUCCUUAGAAGAAUAUUCAAUUCUCCAGCAAAUAGCCGUACAAGGUGAUAAAGUUAAAUGUCUAAAAUCUAAAAAAGCUGACAAAUUAACUAUUGAUGACGAAGUCAAAACGCUGUUAUCUCUAAAAGCUGAUUAUAAGGCAUUAACUGGUAACGAUUGGAAGCCUGGAACACUUCCCGCACCACAAUCCCCAAGUACCCCAACAUCUUCCUCUUCAAUGGGAGUAGAUGAAAAGAGUCUACUUUUAGACAUUUCUUCACAGGGAGACGUUGUAAGAGAACUUAAAUCAGAAAAAGCCGAUAAGUGCCAAGUUGACAUUGAAUUAAAAAAACUGCUGUAUUUAAAAGAAAACUUUAAGAAUUUAACUGGCAAAGACUGGAAACCCAAUAUGAAACCUGAACCAGUACACAGCAUCCAAAACGUUACUGGUGAAAGUGAUAACGCCAAGAAAGUAUUAACCGCUAAAAUUACUGAACAAGGAAGUUUGGUUCGAGAUUUAAAAACAAAAAAAGCUGGCAAGGUCGAUGAUAGUGGUGCUAAACGGCAAACUCGACUUGGUCUGGAAGCAAAAAAAGAAGAACAAUUGUCAGACUGGUAUUCUCAAGUUAUUACAAAAGGAGAACUAAUAGAAUAUUACGAUGUUUCUGGAUGUUACAUUUUUAGACCAUGGUCAUUCGCGAUAUGGGAAGCUAUCAAAGAUUGGUUUGAUUCCGAAAUUAAGAAACUAGGUGUUCAAAAUUGCUAUUUUCCAAUAUUUGUUUCCAAAGCUGCCUUAGAAAAGGAGAAGACUCAUAUUGAAGACUUUGCUCCAGAGGUUGCAUGGGUUACCAAAUCGGGUGAUUCAGAUAUGGCAGAACCUAUUGCAGUUAGGCCAACAUCUGAAACUGUAAUGUAUCCGGCAUAUGCAAAAUGGAUUCAGUCAUAUCGUGACCUUCCUAUUAAACUAAAUCAAUGGAACAAUGUUGUUAGAUGGGAGUUUAAACAUCCGCAACCAUUCCUACGAACUAGAGAAUUUUUGUGGCAAGAGGGCCAUACAGCUUUUGCCUCGAAAGAAGAAGCUGAUAUAGAAGUUAGACAAAUUUUAGAUUUAUAUGCAAGAGUAUAUACUGAUUUACUAGCCAUACCAGUAGUUAAAGGUAGAAAAACAGAAAAAGAAAAAUUUGCUGGCGGAGACUACACUCUAACAGUCGAAGCCUAUGUGUCAGCUAGCGGAAGAGCUAUUCAAGGAGCUACAUCGCAUCAUCUAGGUCAAAACUUUUCAAAGAUGUUCGAUAUUACGUACGAACAUCCAGAUAGUCAGGAGAAGACUCAUGUAUACCAGAACUCUUGGGGUAUUACAACGCGAACAAUUGGUGUAGUAGUAAUGAUUCACGGCGACAAUCAAGGGUUGGUUAUACCCCCACGCGUGGCCGGUAUACAAACUGUCAUUGUACCAUGUGGUAUUACUGCCAAUCUAUCCCAAGAUUCUCGUAAAAAAUUGCAGUCGUCCUGUGAUGUAUUGGAAACCGACUUAAAAGCAGUAAAUAUACGCGUUAAAGGAGAUUACAGAGAUAAUUACUCCCCUGGGUGGAAAUUCAACCAUUGGGAACUUAAGGGAGUCCCAGUGAGGAUUGAAUUAGGACCGAAGGAUAUAGAAAAAAAUCAGUUAGUAGUUGUAAGGAGAGAUACUGGGGAAAAAAUUAUUAUUAGCCGCGCUGAUGCUGCUACAAAAAUAGGAGCAAUAUUAGAAGAUGUUCACGAAAACUUGUACAAAAAAGCAUGUGAUGAUUUGAAUAUCCAUAAAGUGCUCAUCAAGGACUGGUCGCAGUUCUGUCCGUCUUUAGAUAAAAGAAAUGUCAUUUUAGCACCAUUCUGUGGUGAAAUUCAGUGUGAGGAUAAAAUUAAGGCCGAUAGCACUAG